AUGGUGUCUUGGUACGAGUCUGGGAAGGAGAUAGAUCAGGGCUGGAGUCCUGGAGUUGGUGGAUUCGUCGAUGAGAAGCGGCUGGAGCGAUGUUACAGCAGCAACUAUCAGAACUUGGAUGGUGAUUUCAGUAGUAUAAGGAAUGUAGCAAAGUACGCUGCAAGGCUCGGCCAAUCAUUUAGCUCAUCUAUUGAGACACGUACUAUUAUGAGCGAUGAGUUGGAAUUGAUACCAGAUAUCGAGAAUAAUUCUUCCGGGAUACCUUAUGUCUAUUAUGAUGGGGUCGGGAAGAUAUCAACGGAAUUUGCCAAACUUGUGGCUGAAAAAUGUGGCCUCGAUGUUUGUCCAUCAGCUUUUCAAAUCCGCUAUGCUGGGUAUAAAGGAGUGGUGGCCGUUGAUAUAACGUCGUCUAAGAAACUCUCAUUGAGGAAUAGUAUGAAGAAGUUUGAGUCAGAGUACAUAACAGUUGAUGUUUUGUCAUGGACCAAGUAUGGACCCUGUUUUCUGAACAGACAAUUUGUGAAAGACAUCUAA